AUGGCCUGGUUGGACGCUAAAUACGGAGGGCCCAAUUGCAACGAGCUCGACCCAGACAACACACCACUGACGCAGCAUGAGGUCAGCCUGCAGACGCUGGAGAUCGUCGAGAACGAUGCUUUGUGCACUUUCGCCCGCAUGACCCUGGCCCUGCCGUAUGUUGUCCGGAACACCUCCGCGCUGCACCUCAGCUCCACGAACGGUUGCUGCGAGUUCCAGAAGACCAACGAAAAGAUGUUUGUGCAGUUCUUACCACAGAUGGAAAGCCUGAAGAUCUUGCAACUCUCGGCUAUUCCCGCGGACUCUGACGACGUUGCGCUUGCGCGGACCGGCAAUGCUGACGCAGAGUGA